AUGUCCCUUAAACCAUUCUUUAUUGCCAUCAUUGGCGCAGCAGUCUCCUUACAGGUGCUCAUUCUCGCCAACAUGAGCUACCUCUACGGCUCUGCCUACCACGACGGCUCGCGAUACAGCUCAAUGAAGGUGCUAUACAUAGACUACGACCAAGGUCCAGUGGGCGAGUCCGUGAUGAGAGCAUAUAAUGCACUCAAAGACCCUUCAGUCCCGACCCUCAUUCAACGUCCCCAGCAAAACUACCCGACACAGGGAGACAUCCAACAAGCCGUCUGUCGUGGCGACUACUGGGGCGCCAUCUAUGCUACCCCGAAUGCAUCCUCCCAAUUAUCAGCUGCUCUUUCUUCACCCGAAAUUGCACAAGGGUACGACAAUUCCCAAGCACUAGGGUACAUCUGGAGCAGCGCCCGCUAUCCCGCCUACGCGCAGGGUGUCUACUCCAAUCUGGUCCAGAUUACCGAAGCCGCAGCGGCCGUAUACAAACAGACAACCGGCACAGACGUACUUCCCUUGAUAAACACCUCUGAUCACUCCAUCGCGCAAACAAUCCUCGACCCGAUCUCCGCCUCCUCAACAGACCUCCACCCAAUGCCCCAAGGCGUGCGCUUCUACUACAACACCGUUUCCAUGGUCAUGCCCAUCAUCAUCCAAUUCUUCUUCAUCAUGGCACUCACCGGCAUCACCAUGCAAAAUAAUCUCUUCAGCACGCUCUCGCCUAAACAAAACACCCUCCUCCGUUUUUCCAUAUCGGUUAUCUACACAUUCAUUGCGUCACUCGUAAUGACAGGCUACAUCUGGGCCUUCCGCGAAGACUGGCACGUUACGGCCGGCCAGUUCGCCCUGACAUGGAUGGCCAUCUGGCUCACCAUGCACAUUCAUUUCCUGAUAAUCGACUUCGCAACAGCCAUCAUGCCUAUGCCCUUCGUGCCCUACUUCAUCUUAACCUGGAUUAUCCUGAACGUGACAAGUACGAUUGGGCCGUUUGAGCAGUCUCCUGGUUUCUAUCGACUGGGGUAUGUCUUUCCUGCGCAUGAGCUUUAUGAGGUUUUGCUGGAUAUCUGGACGCAUGGGUGUAACCCACAUUUGUAUCGCGCGCUGCCGAUUCUCUUUGCGGAGUGGGUGGUCGGGAUUGUGUUGUUUGUCGCCGGGAUAAGGCUGAGAAUGUGUGGCGUGGUUAGUCAAAGUACUGGAAGUGCGGCUGGGGAGAAAGUAUGAUGGGCUUCUCAUAAUCAGGCAAGAUCGAACGAUUUGGUUUCGUUUUUCAGGGGUUUCAAAAAAGUGACCUGUCUUAAUUCAUUUGCAAUAUUAAGCAUAUACUGUAUAAUGAGGUGUGUGGCUAUAUCUGAAUAUGAAAUGUCCGACUUUU